AUGGGUUCCAUAGGUGAAACAGUCCAGCUGCAGUUCCAGGACCCGGUGGUUGUGAAGCUUUCCGACGAAGAACGCAAGAGCGGUCGUAUGAACGAAGAGAAUGUUGCGGCAGCUGUGAUAGCAUUCCACAGAGAUGGCUUCGUACUCCUCGAAAACGUCGUCGAUCCCGCGCACUGCGACACCCUCGACGCGGAGAUGUGCCUCGAAGCCGAACGCAUGGCCAAAGAUCCCAAGACAAUCUGGAACGAUAAUCUCCACGCCCCCAAAGAAAAGCGUUCAGGCAACAUGCAACACGCCCCUCCCCUACGCCCAGAAGUAAUGUACGAAGACAUCUGGGCUAAUAAACUCACCGCCACCAUACUCUCCAGCAUCCUCGGCCCCAAUCCCUCCUGCAACUUCGCAGACGGCAACACCGCCCUCAGCGGCGGGUACGGAGGUCGCCAAACCGUACACGCAGACAUGGCGUACAACUUCCCCGGUAUGCCGUGCACCAUUACAGCAAACUACUACCUCGAAGACGCCUCUGCCACCAACGGGUCGACGGAACUCUGGCUAGGUUCAGCACGAUACUCUACCUUCCGGGACCAUAAAGCUUGUCGUGUGGCAGGACCAGAGGACGAUGUGUCCAAGCCGACGAAAAUCAGUCUACAAACUGAGGAUGACAACUACGCCAUGGAAGCCAAUUUCGGCGUCCGCCUGGAUGUUCUCGAGGCGAGGAGAAAAAUCGCUCCGCCGGUCCAGCCAAAGGUCAAGAAAGGGGGUGUGAUGCUCCGGGACCUCCGGCUUUGGCACGCAGGGAUUGCGAACCCGAGUCCCAAGACCAGGAUCAUGCUGAAUUUCAUCUAUACGCCUUGGUGGUAUAAGUGCCCGACCAAGGUCAACCUCCCCGAGAAAGCCAGACCGCUAGCUGAGUCCUGGGCGAAUCGCAAAGAUCAUCCGAUUGUGCUGCAGACUCGUUAUUUCCCUACCGAAGCCGAGUGCAAAGCGCAGCAAUUCGGGAUCGAUUUCAGUAGUCGGAACCCAUCGUAUUGGAAAUCAUUGGACACUUCGCUGAUUGCUGGAUACACUUUCAUCGACGAGUAG